UGGCCUCCGUGUAGCCAAUGGACCCGGGCUGUGAGUGUGGACGAGAGUGGCGUGCGGAGCUCGCAUAAACACGACUCAGCUGCGCAAAUUAGCGCGAUCGGAAGACUGAGGUGUUGCACAGCCUCGGCCUUUGAGGGGCUCUUUGGUAGGUGAGGCUUCGUGAGGGUGAUCCUCCGUGUUUUACCGUCGUCCCGUGCGCUCCUUGUUUUGGCCCCACCCUGGGAAAUGCGCAGCACUGACUCACGGUGACAGUUUCAAGGCUCCUGCCCGUGUGUGUGUGACCGAUCCUGCGUCCAUUUCUAGCACGGAGCUGAGGUGGCGAGAACAUCCAGCGUCGCAUUCAGCACGAAGGCGAUCAGGGGUCGACAAAAUGGGAGAGGCAGAGACCAGACAGAGGUUACUGCGCAGCGUGAAGAAGGAGGUGAAACAAAUUAUGGAGGAGGCCGUAACGCGGAAGUUUGUGCACGAAGACAGCAGCCACAUCAUUUCUUUCUGUGCUGUGGUGGAAGCUUGUGUGUUGCAUGGGCUGAAGAGGCGGGCUGCAGGCUUCCUGCGCAGUAACAAGUUGGCAGCACUCUUCACGAAGGUGGGGAAAAUCUUUACUCCUGCUGAGGACCUCUGCAAGAAAGUGCAGGAGCUGGAACAGAUCAUCGAAAACAACUCCAGACAGAGCCAGUCUCAGAUGAGCCAGGACAGUAUCCGUAAGCAGCCGCGGGCCGCCAACCUCUCCCCCCAGGCCAUCAAACACCUGUGGAUCCGCACAGCACUGACAGAGAAAGUGCUGGACAAAAUUGUUCUAUAUUUGGUGGAAAACAGCAGUAAAUUCUAUGAGAGGGAAGCUUUGCUGAGAGAUCCUGUUGAUGGUCCAAUCCUGGCAUCUCUACUGGUUGGUCCCUGUGCCCUGGAGUACACAAAAGCAAAGACGGCUAACCACUUCUGGACAGAUCCUUCUGCUGAUGAACUGGUGCAGAGGCACCGUAUCCACAGCGGCCACUGCCGCCAGGAUUCUCCCACCAAACGCCCUGCUCUUAUCCAAAAGAGGCAGUCAAGUGGCAGCAUGGAUGAUAGGCCCUCUCUGUGGGCUCGGGACUAUGUGGAGUCUCUCCAUCAGAACUCCAGAGCCACACUGUUGUUUGGCAAGAACAACGUGCUAGUCCAGCCAACAGAUGACAUGGAAGCUAUCCCAGGAUACCUCUCCCUCCACCAGACUGCAGAGCUCAUGACACUGAAGUGGACACCGAACCAGCUAAUGAAUGGCAACAUGGGAGAAUUUGAUUAUGAAAAAAGUGUGUACUGGGAUUAUGCAAUGACCAUCCGUCUAGAGGAAAUUGUCUAUUUACACUGCCAUCAACAAGUUGAUAGUGGUGGCACUGUGGUCUUGGUGAGUCAGGAUGGGAUCCAGAGACCACCUUUCCGCUUCCCAAAAGGAGGCCACCUGCUGCAGUUCCUCACCUGUCUGGAGACAGGUCUCCUUCCACAUGGUCAGCUUGAUCCUCCCUUAUGGUCCCAAAGGGGAAAGGGAAAAGUUUUCCCAAAAUUACGGAAAAGAAGUCCACAUGGCUCCUGCGAGUCCUUUUCUGAUAAGGAUGAUGAUGAGGCGACGGAUUAUGUGUUUCGCAUAAUAUACCCAGGCAGUCAGGAGUUUGUUGGCCCAGAGCUGAUGGACCAGAGCAUGAGCAUGUGGCAGCCCACUCCAAGAAAGUCUUCCUGUUCCUCCUGCUCUCAGAAUGGUUCUUCUGAUGGUGGACUCCCCAAUGGGUGCAACCAUGACAGGGCACCUCUGAAGUUACUUUGCGAGACCAUGAAGUACCAGAUCAUUUCUCGUGCUUUCUAUGGUUGGUUAGCCUACUGCCGUCACCUGUCCACAGUCCGCACACACCUGUCAGCUCUUGUCAACCCCACCAUCAUUGAGCCUGACGUUCCCCAUGAUGCCAGAGUAGGACUCUCUGCAGAAGUAUGGAAGACAUUUCUUCAGGAUAGUUCUGCUUAUGAAGAGGCGGAGCUUCUCCGGCUGGUGUACUAUGGUGGUGUAGAACCUACUUUGCGGAAAGAGGUGUGGCCUUUCCUGCUAGGCCACUACCACUUCACCAUGACUCUCAAAGAGAGAAAGGAGGUGGAUGAACAGGUCCGGGCCUGUUAUGAGCAGACCAUGAGUGAGUGGCUGGGCUGUGAAGCCAUUGUGAGGCAGCGUGAGAAAGAGCAGCAUGCUGCUGCCCUUGCCAAGUGUGCCUCUGGAGCCAGUGUUGACUGUAGCUUACGACAAGACUCCACAAUCAGCUCUGAUUCAUCCCAGAGCAGCAGCUCAGAGAAACAGAGCCAUGCCUGUUCUCAGAGUGACUCCAACAGUAGCACUCAGGUGUUCGGGUCUGUCGAUGAGGUUGACCCAAUUGAAUCUGAACCUAAGCCAAAAGAUGAGAAGCCACAGCCCAAAAUUCCAAACGGCACCCUGCCAAACUGCACCAGUUCUCCAGAUUCUGGACAUCCAUCCUCUCGCAACUUCUCUGUCACGUCCGGACUCUCAGAUUGCUCUCCAAGCACAGAGGAUGCUUCCACGCAAGAGUCUGGAACUAAAAUCCCACCACCAGAGCCAUCAGCUGUGGCCUCUGAGGUUGCUGUGGAACCUCCAGCCAACUCUAGCAUUGACAGCAAGGUCAAAGAAGAAUCUAUGGAGCAGAGCUCACCAGUUGUGAAUGGAAGAAAGGAAGAUCCUGCGGAUUUACACACAGGAGGACUCACGACAGUAGAUAAGAUGAUCAAAGCUCAGGAAGAUCAGAAGUCAGAUGAUUCUGAUGCCAAAGAAGUUAGCGGGACUGACUCAGUGGAAUCUCAGAAGGAGAAGGUGGAUGUAAAUGAAACAUCUGAGACCAGCGUUACUGAAAUAGUAGAAAGCACAUUACCUGAAAUGAAACAGAAUGAGCAUCAUGAAACAGUGGAUACAAAGUCUUCAGACAACAAUAAGCAAGAAAGUCAAUCACCUGAGGCUUCUGCUGAAGAGAAGGCGAUCAGGGCCUCACAGGUGGUGACUGAUGCAAAGGAAACCAUUGAGUCUGAUUUGGAUAAAGCACAGUCAACCCCAGAUUUAAAAGUGCAAGUACCUGCCAAAUGUGAUCAUCCUAGACCACUUACAAAACAGUAUUCCGUGGAUGAACCAAAAGAUACAAGAAAUCCUGAGGAGCCUGAGAAGACGGGAGAACGUGUGACAUCUGAUUUGACAAGUGAACCUUGUAUGGAGUCUUCUGAAAAAGAAACAAAGCCUCCUCAACCUCUCCCUGAAGUACCACACAUGGAAUUGCUAAUGAACAAUCCACCUGACAUUGAGAAGCCAGCUGCACCAUCCUUAAUGACCUGGGACUCUGAUCAGAGUAGAAGCAAGGCAUUAAUCAAACAAAUGACCGACCCUGUACCUGAGAGCUGUUUUUCCAUUAUGUCUUUAUCAAAGCAAUCACCAGACAUGUCAGACGACUCUCCAUCAGCUCUAGAAAUGGAGGAGAUCUCAGCCGCUUUGGUUUAUAUGCCUGCAGAGGACACCCUGGCCAAGGUUCCUGCUAUGAUGGGACCUCCCUUGGCUCUGUCAAUCCCACCAGAAAAGGUUGCAGCGGGUAUGCCUUCUCUGGAACUGUGCAUGGAGGCAGGCCUAAACACUAGUCCAGAAGGUACUGAAUCAGCACUGUCUGAGGAAGAACCAGAGAUGGAGAGUUUAUUCCCCAAACCAGACUCUCUAGCUGUUGGAGGAGAACAUAAAAAUGAUGUUGCAUCUCCAGUUUCCUCCAUUGGGACCACUUAUUCUCAAGAGCUGCUAGACUUGUACACCCUCAAUCUGCACCGUAUUGACAAAGAUGUCCAACGAUGUGACAGGAACUACUGGUACUUCACCACUGCCAACUUGGAGAAACUGCGCAACAUCAUGUGCAGCUACGUUUGGCAGCACCUAGAUAUCGGCUAUGUGCAAGGAAUGUGUGACUUACUUGCACCCCUACUAGUUAUUCUUGAUGAUGAGGCCAUGGCUUUUAGCUGCUUUACAGAACUCAUGAAAAGAAUGAAUCAGAACUUUCCUCAUGGAGGAGCAAUGGACACCCACUUCGCCAACAUGCGCUCCCUUAUUCAAAUUCUUGACUCUGAGCUCUUUGAGCUAAUGCAACAGAAUGGAGACUACACCCACUUUUACUUCUGUUACCGGUGGUUCCUCCUAGACUUUAAGAGAGAAAUGGUGUAUGAUGAUGUGUUCUCCGUAUGGGAGACCAUCUGGGCUGCCCGAACCAUCUCCUCUGGGCACUUUGUGCUCUUCAUUGCCCUGGCUCUGGUUGAGCUGUACAGAGACAUAAUUCUGGAGAACAACAUGGACUUCACUGACAUCAUCAAGUUCUUCAACGAAAUGGCUGAGCGACAUGAUGUCCCAAAACUUGUCGUGAUGGCCCGAGACCUGGUCCACAAAGUCCAGAUCCUUAUAGAGAACAAGUGAUUCAGCGUCUUUCACCAUUCGCUCUCCAUUAUCUAACGAAGAAGACUACUUUUACCCCUUUUCUGCGCAUCAUACAUUCGACCCCAGCUCUUAGAUUGCUUCUUCCUCUUGACCUCCACAGGGCACUGCUGAGAGCAGGUUCUAAGGUUCUAUGCCAGGUAAAAAGCAAGAGUUGGCCAAAAGAAACUGCUGAAGAGCAAUAACGCCCAAUGAAAUUUAAAAUAGAAAAUAGACAUAGUAGAUUACAAUCCUUAGCAAAAGAAAGUCCAGCUGUGUACAAGAUUAUACAAGACUGAAGACCAGAGGUCUUCAAAUCCACACCUUGAAUCCAGUUUCCAUUCCUGGGUUUUAUGAUCACUAGUUGUAGUUGGCCAGUCAGUCACAUCAAGCUUUAUCCAAACUUGAAGGGACCCGACUGCUAACAUCAGGAUCAGAAAUCAUUUUAAAUUUCAUAGUCAGGUUCUCUUAGGUGGUCUCCCACUUUUAACAGAUUUUACCCUGGAUCUUCCCCACUUUAGUUUUUCUCUACUUUCAUUACCACACAGGGCCCAUACCCUGCAGUAUCUUUUCCAUUGACAUCCAUUUAUAACAUUUGUCUGGUUUUAUGUACCAAAAACGAAUGAAUUCUUUUUAACAUGACCGUUUUCCUGACUCUUUUUAUCACUUAAACAGGAUGUUUUGUUACUGUGCCUUUAAAACAUAUACUUGCAAAUGAGCUCUGUUCUGAUUGGCUGCUCUGUCUUGUCUUAUUCAAAAAUCAGUCAAGGCUGAAAGGUUCCUUAUAGUUUCAUUGUGAAUGGGUAGAGCUAAUCUGCAGCAGGCUCAAUAGGUGGAUAUAUUAAGCAUGUUGCUUCUUGAGAGCAAAUGGAUGCACAGGAAAUAAAACGGUGUCAUGUUUGUUAAUUUAGUCAACCAAAAGUCAUUUUUUAUGUGGUAUGUUAGGUAAAGGCUAAUUUAGCUAUAUCAGCACUGCUCACCAUGAAAACACCUCAUUAAUGAACAUUUUUCCAGACUGAAAAUAUUUCAGAUGUUCUUUGAAAAAGCACUGCUUGUUUAGUAAAUUUGAAUUUCAGGCAGAUGAUUAUUUAUUAUAUCUUUCGUUACACCAGCCAAUGCAGGUGUCUGUUAACUGACUUAACAGAAUUGGCGGUUAGUGUUCUCCUCCAAGCAUGUUGAACUGUUCACUGGUUGUUGUUUUUAAAGAUGCAGUGGGGCUACAUGUGCCUCAGAGGAAGCGUGUGCUAGCCUUGACCUUACCAGUGUGGUAGCUCUGUGUGAUAAAGGGAGACCCAGCUAGUGUGCAGAAUUGGUUUUGACUGAAUUGCAUCAAGUUAUCAGGUUUUAUUUGCACUUUAGGUGAGGGACUGGUUUGGAUCAGUUUCAGACAUAACUUGUUUUGGUCUCAGAUCAUCCUUGGACUGGGGUUCAGACAAAAUUUUGUUGGGCUUGUUGUCAAAUGGUAUUGCCAUGGUUCUGUUCAGACUCAGGUAGAAAGUUAUCAGGCUGUUUUCCCGUUCUGAUCAGUAUAGGGUAUAGAGUAUAGCUCCAGUCAGCAGUCCAAUUAACAAGCAUCAUCAUCAUCCUCAUCAUCUUUAACUACUUAGUCUAGCUAGGCUCACAGUAACAGUUGGGAGAGCAGAGAAUCCUUGUCCCCUGCAACUUCCUUUAGCUUGUUCUGAGGGACCCCAAGCCGCUCCCAGGCCAACUUGAAAACAUAAUCCUUCCAGCAGGUCCUAGAACGAUCCCGGGGUCUCGUCCCUUUAGGCCAUGCUUGGUAAACCCCCACUGGGAGGCAUCCAGGGGGCAUCCUGAUCAGAUGUGAGAACCACCUCAACAAGCUCCUCUCAAUGUGGAGGAGUAGCGGUUCUACUCUGAGAUGACUGAGCUCCUCACCCUAGGGUUGAGAGGGUGUAUCAUGUAUAGUGUAUCCCACCACCCUGCGAAGAAAGCUCAUUUGUGACGCCUAUAUUCGUGAUCUCAUUCUUACGGUCAUUACCCACAGCUCAUGACCAUAGGUCAGGGUCGGGAUGUAGACUGACUGGUAAGAUUACAAAAUCCAGGACUGGAAGCUGCUCCAAAUUUGAAGACCACUGCCGUAGACUACAUGCAGUCAAUGGUGACGGAAGCCAAAUUUCCCUCUACCAAUGCAGAUUCUUUGAAAAGCACAAAACAUUGAAAUUGUGGUCUUUUUUAUCAUUUGUACAAAUUAGAAACACAGACAGCUCCCAAAUGUGUCGAGUAUUGCUUGUUCGUCAUGGCAUCAGAAUAUUUGCACGCAAACCUUAGUCUGUGUCAGCACACCGUUCUAUUUUCAGGUAUUACUGAACUUGUAUUAUAAAUGAGAAGACAGUGAUUUUUGUAAUUAUUACUUAAGCUUUCCGCCCCCAGUGACUUUGUCACUCAGUGACAUGUUGAGCUGCUACACAAUUAUGUACCUCACUCAGCGAACCAACCUUACUCGAAAAACAAUCUAUCGGUAAUAUAUCUAUAAACUCGGAGAUGUGUUUAUUUUUUAUCCGUCUUUUUGCCUUAAGUUCCUUUGUUUAGGGACAAGUGCUGUCAAUUUGUUUCUGCUCAGUGAGUGAUUAUACCACGAGGCCGAUAAGUAGGCUAUGUCUCUGCAUCAGAAUGUGGGUUGACUGAAGCCAUUAUAUGUGAGACUUGUUCAUACAUUACUGUAGUCGGCAUAUAUAACAUAUACAGUGGGUUGCAAAAGUAUUCAUACCCCUUGAACUUUUCCAUAUUUUGUCACAUUACAACCAC